AUGUUGCUAGGUGAACUUAAAGUUCACCUUAUUGUCCAUGAAGUUCACCUACUAAAGAUAGCUACUCCUCCUCUAGCUUUAGUGGUUGUUAUUGCUAUGGUGAAGCCCAAGAGCUUUAUACAUCAUCAGACUUCUUCUAGUCACAGUGGGCCUAAAUCCCAACAAAUAGUGGCUAGGUUGGUCCGAGCUCCACUAGGGAUGUAG